AUGUAGUAUUUCUUUUCUAGUUUAAAUUAUAUAAUCCAAUCUCAAGUAAUUCAAAAUAUCUAAAGUACUUUUAGUAAUUUGUUCAAUUUUUAGAAAACAUUGAUAUUGUUAUUGAUCUUCAUUAUUAUUAUUAAACUCUAAAAAUAUCAACAAAAAAUGGCUGAAGAUUUUGUCUCUUUUAGCUAGGAGCCAAGAUCAAAAGAACUAUAAAACAAGUUUAAAUAAUGAAAGAAAAUCUUCUUAAUUUUUCUGCAAUAAAUUUUUAAAAGUUUAAUAAUCAAAGGUUGACCAUAACAUAAGAACUUGAACUUAUAUUUGUUGUGGAAUCCGGUGUAUAUUGACAUUCAUUGGAGGAUAAAUUCCAUUUUGUUGUAAACCUUGCAAAGAGUUGUCCAACACUGUCCAGGGUGUAAUCAAAAAGUAGGAGAAGCUCCAAUUACUCCUUGUUGAAAAAUAUUCAAUGAACAAUAAUAUAAAUUUAUUUUAAUCAUA